CCUCUCCAUCACCUACCCAGUCACGCCUUAUCAACCAUCUAUGUCAUCUACCUACCUAACAUGCCAUACACACAUAUAACAAAUCGAUAAGUGCCGUCACCACCGUCAUCCCCAAGUUCCAACAUGACCUCAUACACUCACUCCACCCAAUGCACCACACAACAUACGCCCCAUGCAUCCCUCCCCUCCACCUCUCCUCCAUCAAAUCACACCGAUCAAAACUAUCACACUCCCCCAUUUCUCUACAUUCCACCCAAUCAUUUUUUCCUUGGAAAUACUUCCGUGGUAAAAUAGGUAGCGUAUCAACCUAUAUCACGCAUGCUCACGCUCAUACUUCGUUUAUUCGAACGUUCGCUCGCCUUGGUAAUGUAUGGUAGGGUAGGGUAGAGUAGGUAUAAUGCAGCCUUACAUCACGCCUCACGUCCAUGGUUGCGCUCGUGAGGCUGUUACCCGCGCGCUCGCUGGCCUGGGCACCAUGACUGAGUCACUUGUAAUUUUUUUCGUACUUUCACACGUGUAUAUGGGGUGUUUGAAUUAUUCGUUCUUCUUUCGUUUUGUUAUUUCAUAAAUCCAUAUAAAUCCAUAUAUAUGUACAAUUUUUAUCCCAUGUUUAUCUUAUCAUCUCCAGGUAUA